AUGUGCUAUGUCUGAAAUAUAUCGCAAACUAUGGCAACAACAACAUCCGAUCAAGCUGAUGAUCCACAUUUAAUCGGACCGUUCGCAAUCGUACCAAAACAGGAUUGUACUCAUUUAGCUGAUCACGUUUAUACAUUACCGGGAUCAGCUAGACGCGUCGAUGGUCAUCAGCCACCAUGCACCGAUUGCGACGCUAUUCGUGAAAACUGGGUUUGCUUAGAACCAAAUUGUUCACAGGUCGGUUGUUCACGUUAUCAACAAAAGCACAUGUUAGCACACCAUCAAAACACUGGACAUAAUAUCUGUUUGAGUUUAUCCGAUCAUUCUGUUUAUUGCUACGGCUGUGAAUCGUAUAUCGACAGUCCGAAAUUAGUGGAACUUAAUCGGCAAUUAGUCGAAGCGUCGAAUUAG